UGGUUGAAGUGGAAGGAUAUGUGACUGUGUGGUGACAUACAUACUGAGGUAUGUAUGAACUAUGAAGUAUGAACGUCAUUUGCAAUGUUAGGGCGGCUAGAAGUGAACCACGAGUAUAACUUUUGACACUGUAUUCGUUUAUACAUGGGAUCAGUCGGCAGAAGUGAAUUGUUUUCUAUAAAAGAAAAAAAGAUCUUAACGCCGGAUAAUAAAAUAAACCGGUAAUCAGCUGUGUUAUUGACUUUGUGUAGGUAUAAAAAUAAAAAAAAAAAACUCGACCCGAAUCAGCGAACUCAAGUCACUUGACGGCUCGUCUUUAAUAUUCGUACCCGUUUCGAGAAAUAUUGAAAUUUUGAUGAAACUAUGACAUAGUUGUCAUAUCGUGAAUUGUAUAUAUUUUGAUCCUUUUUCUAUGCCUGAAAUAAUUGAAGUGUCUGCAAGAGUCUGCCUCUCGAGGGAUCCUAUACACAUCACUUUAAGCCAAUGAACUUGAAAGCACUCGUUGUUGGUGAAGAUCGAUGAAAAUGUUGUAAUACAGGACAAAGAAACAUGCGUUUUAAUAAACAGGAAUUGAUGACAUUGGCAACACAGCCAUCACAAAAAUUUGAUAAGGAAGGAAUUUUGUAUAUACGGGAACGGCAAGAAGGUUUCUUUCGAAGAACAGAGAGUACAGGUAAAAAACUUGAGAGCAAAAGACAAAAAGGAAAAACACAUAAGACUCUACGAGACCUCAGUUGUGUAACAGCCAGCACAAGUAAAGCGAGUCUAGAGCGGUGGUGCAGGUUAAGAGGAAAUCUGUUGUUUUAUUUUAAAUCACGAGAACAAUGGUCAGAGCCUCUUGGAGUUAUUAUACUCGAACAAUGCAAUGUCCGUGUCGAUCCACCCACCCAUCAGAUUCCUUAUGGAUUCAGCGUAGUCUUCGAUGGUGGCUUAUUCCAACAGCUGGGUGCAAAUUCUUCAGAGGACAGAGAUAGCUGGCUGCAGGCACUCCAGUUGGCUAGUUAUGAAUGCAUGCGUAGUCAGCUACUGGCUCUACGUCAACGAAUAGAGGCUUGUAGUGGUCAUAAACAUGGAACCGACAUUCAAAUGAUGCGUCUUCAACAGGGAAUUACCACAGAUCCAGCUGAAAUUCCAAUCUGUGAAGUAUCACUUGCAUGUGACAAUCUGUUAUGUGAUGGCCAUGGCCGUCCCCCAAAUCCUGUAUUAGAAAUUGAUAUUUACGCUCAUCGAUCAAAUACAUGGAUUAAAUAUGCAAGAACUGAAGUAGUCGAGAGGAGCAGCAAUCCUGGAUUUCUGACAACUGUCAGCUUUCGCACAAGCGAUGGUUUAACUUCAGAGACAAAAGUAAGGAUUACUGCAUAUGACGUUAGGGAGAGAGUUAGUCAGACUGCUACGCCAAUAGGAUCUGCAGUGGUUAUAUUCAGUGCCAUACAAGAUACACCACGAUUAAGAAUACCAUUGAAGUCUGCCAAAGCCACGACAGUAGGUUUCUUAACCAUUAAUGUCUGGAACUUGGAGGCAGAAGACAAAGGCAAUAGCACAGAAAGCACUCCUUGUAGAAACAUACCAGCUAAUAACCAGAUAUUUUCUCAUAGAAGGUCACAGUCUUUGCCUCCAAGAUUAGGAACGAAAAUGAAACUUCCACACCAAGGACAACUUAAGUUGUUAUUUGCGAAUCCCCAUGUCCAAACAUACAGGUUCCAUUCUGGUCUCGGAGGUGACAUUUGUGUUCAUGAGAUAAUGGCCGAGAGUAAAUUGUGUUUUCAAUUUCCGCAGCAGCUACUUGAAAUUUGGAUACAAGAAGAAAAGGAACUUCUGCAAGAGGUAGCAGGAAUGGGCGAACUCCGUGAACCCUGGCACACAAAGCAGAUAGAACUUCUCGAUCGACAUCUGCAUCUUUUACAUCUCUAUUCGCAAGCUAAACAAAAUUUGACCGCUUUUAAGGGGAUUCAUUUCAAACAAUCGACGCGAAGGAAUGAUAGGACCCUAGAAUUUGCUCCAUUGAACCUUCAUUUGCAAAGAAUGUGGGUCCAUAAUGACACACUAAAUAAAUGUGGUUUCUAUGAUUUCAUCAGUGUAGGAGCCUUUACAGCACAUGCUCACAAGAGUAAAAAUGGUGGACUUAUUAGAUUGGUACAAGAUCUCAAAGAAUCACCAACACGCUGCAAUCAGUUAUAUCAAGGGCCGUCUAAAAUAACUAUGGCACACGAUGCAAUUCAAGCCAUAAAACAAUUGCGUCGUGAUGUAGUUGAGGCAAUGCGUUCCCUCAUGAAACUUGCUAAGGAGAAGCAAACUAGUGGCAUGUUACCUAUUUGUGAAGAUAUGAUAUCAAAAACUAGGAUAUUACUUAGUUUGUGGGAUCCUGGAUUGGUUGAAGAAGCGUUAACGUUUCUAGAAGAGUACAAGGUUGCUGCAACUGUUCAAGAACCCAUAAAUAAUGACGAUACAUUGACACUGGAUUUAAGAACUCACCAGUCUCUUUCUCCAUUCAAACGGAUUACCCAACAGCUUAAUUUUGAUCUGAAAAGUCCUGAUUUUGACGAGUUUGUAACACCUGAUACACCUGAGUGUGUAAAGGAUAUUUGGACGAAAGAAAGUUCAAAAAUGAAAUACAGUAAUCUUUCUUCCUAUAACGAAAUCAACGAAAACGGGCAGGUCGUAGCAGCAGAGAACUUUGUAAUAUUUCCAGAUGUUGAGGAUCAGUCAAACGAUGCGGAAUCUAAUGAGAAUGGGAAUAGUGCUGAUAAUAGCAAUGAAGAGGAUGAUAAAAGCGGGUUCAAAGGAGAUUUGGAUUUGAGCAAACGUUUUUUAGAUACCCAAAAAAUGUGCAACUCUCCAUCAGCGAAUUAUUACAAACCUACUGACGAGCCUGAACCAUGGGAUCUUACACAACUCAAUAUUGAAGCCAGCGUCAUGUGUUUAGUUUCUAAAGUUAAAUUCCUCUGUGGCAGAUGCAGCAGUCCUGCUGUUCGAUUACGUAGUAAAAAUGGUUUAGGCAGGUCCCAAAGUUUGAAAGGGUACGCUCCCAAUAAUUGUCACUCUUCUGCUGUGGUCACCAUUCAACCGAAAAACGGCACAAAAAACGAAGAGUCGAGCAAACUAUUAGAUAAUACCAAUGUGUCGAAACAAGAGACGAAUUCUUCUCUGGAAAAAUCGGCACCGGCUCUUACUAAGGCUAAAGAAGUCUGUCAAGCAGUAGACACAAUGACAAAAGUCAUUAAAAGCAAUUCAGGCCAAAGAAAUAAGUUUACCGAGGGUCUGGACUUCGCAUCAAUAGUUGAUUGGACCAGCGAGCUUAGGCCCAGUAUGAAGAAAUUACGACAAGCCAUGGAUGGACUUCUGAAGACUGCUAGGCUAACACAUUCUGUAUUUCGAGUUCAGGAAGAUGCUAAGGCUGCCCAGCGAGCUUGUAAUGUUCGAUACAGGAGGGAUGUGUGCUUCAGUCAAGCGUUGACAGCAUUGGUAACCGGUUUAAUGGCCAAGCUGUGGUGCCAGCGGCCUGAUCCUAUGUUUCUGUUGAUUCUUACAACUCUUGGACCAAUCAUAUCAUUCGAAGCUCUUCUCAGCUACUAUGGAGAUGAAAUCGACAUGUGGGGUGACAUGACUGUUGCGGUCGAAGAUUUGCAUACUGUCGCCUUCACGUUAUCUAGGUGUGGUGUUCAUGAUAGAAUAGAGGGAAAAUCUAUGUGUACUGCUCAGUUGCCAUUGCCUCGUGUGGUUGGCUCACGAACAGCUUUGACAGUAAUACUUCCAGUACCAGAUGCUAUCUAUUCUUUACUCCCGCUUGUGCCAUCGCUAAGACAAACCAUUUCAUUCAACGUAACGCCAGUAUUUUUCAACGUUGGCAUAAAUGAGAUGGCUACGUUGGCUGAGAGCCUUGGGACAACAAGACCCCAAAAGAAGAGCAAUAUCGACAACUUUGACAGACUAAAUGAAUAUUAUUUAAGAUUCAAAAAACUUAACUUACCUACGGAACCUUCUUCCAGCAGAAUCGGUACACGAUCAUCUUUAAAUCAAACAUUGGCAGAUAUGGUUAAUCAUUUGAAAACAUGUGUACAGUCAAAGGUAAAUAAAAAUGUUGAUGUCCUUCAACUCUCAUCACAUAUAUGUCGGCGUAUGAGAGGAUUAAGAUUUACCAGCUGUAAAAGCGCCAAAGAUCGUACCGGUAUGUCAAUAACUCUUGAACAAGUCAAUGUACUAGCUGCAGAAUAUCACCUUGCUGAGCACGAAUUUAACAGAGCACUGGAUUGUAUGCGAAGCGAAGGAUGUCGUAGAGAAAAUACGUGGAAAAACACAGGUGUUCGGAAAUAUGCAUUUAAUAGCCUCCAGAUAUUAACUCUUCCCAAAUCAUACCGGCCACCGACCGGUACAUAUGGAUCAGCUGAAACGUAAUUCGCCCCAUCUACCUGAAAUUAUAUUCCAGUAUCUAGUUGUACAAAAUAUACCCCAAAACUGAGUGCACGCUACUGAAAGUGACACAUUACAAUGUUCAGGCUUAACAUCUUCUAUUAUCAUGGUUACCAAUGAACAGAAUGUAUGUGUCACUAUAAAUAUAGUACUAUUAAUCUACUUAAUUAUGAAAAUUAUUACAUACCAGAGUAUAAUGAUAGUGGCACAAACCUUAAGAAGAUAUUCAUACAUCGAUGGUAUGAGGUGAUACAAAAAUUCCAAUCUAAUCAAUACCAUUAUAUUCUUGUUUAUCCGUGCAGUAGACUAAGUCAUAUAGAAUAAUUUCUAGUUGCUGCUCUAAAAUGUACAUACUAUGAUAAAGUGCACGAUAAAUGCAUUGCUAGGCAAUGACAAUGGUAUAGAACUUGUCCGUACAUAAAAUUCUUCGUUUCUGUGUAUACAAAAAAAUUUCCAAAUAGCAACUUCAAGUGUAGAUUCAUUCCUUACUGUGAAAAUGCGAGGUAUACGUACUUGUCAGUUGACUACGCGAAAUACGAAACAUUUCAUUAUGGGUUCCAUUUCUACAGACAUACUGUCAACGUACUAAAUUCAAAGAGUAAUGGGGUCCUAUUACAUACUGCCGAAUUUAAAAGCCUUCCAUGAAUCAAAUGGUAACAAAAGUAAAAACUCCAUCUUCAAAUGUAGUGCAUGUCACAUGAAGUUUUAACCAUUAAGCGUAUGACAACUGACUCUAUAUUAUUACCUAUCGGUUCUUAUCCAAUAAAUCCUGAUGGUAGUUCUAUUUCUUCGAUGAAAUAAAAAGAAAAGAAAAAUUAUUCUGAAAGUAGUAAACAAUAGUUGAUGAUGAUGUACUUCAAUACUACUCUAUUGAGUUAAAUUAUGAGCGUUGACUCUUGUUACUAUUUUAGUUAAUCUCAAUAAUUUAUGAGGACCAGAUACUGAUCCUCAGAAUUCAAACAAUUUUAUAAUUCACUAACAACAAGUUGUAUUGUCAAAUGCCAUACACUUCUGACAAAGCUUGACCUUAAUCAGAAAGGGUUUUCAGUUUCUUCUAUUUAUUAAUGCUCACAUUGUCGUAACUAACAUCGAAUUCCGUACAUAGGAAAGAAAAACCAAAAUUAAA